AUGUCUCUUGAUAAACGCUUUCCACUUUCCUCUAAUGGUCCUCAUUCAAUCCAAAAAUGUUUCAAUAAUAGAACAUUAGGCUCAUUAGGCAUUUGGUUUGGUGAUAACCCAUUUGAUUUUGCGCUCCCUAUCACAUUGUGCCAAAUCAUUCUAUACUUCAUUGUUUCUCGAACACUUCAUUAUGUCCUAAGACCUCUACAAACACCCAAAUUCUUAUGUUGCGUCAUUGGUGGUGUUCUAUUAGGCCCAACAGCCAUAGGGCGAAACGUAAGAUUUCUGGAUUCAUUGUUUCCAGUAACGCAAGCUCCAUUCUUAACAGCAUUGGCAAAAAUAGGUUCAUCCUAUUUUGUAUUCAUCUAUGCAUUGAAGUUAGAUGUAAUCAACAACUUAAAAACAGCCAAACGUUGUUGGAGAUUUGGUGUAAUCCCUUACUACUCAUGUUAUUUCGCGACAUCAAUUCUCUUAGCAUUGUAUAGACCUCGCGGAGAUCAAAAAGAAAACACUACAGGCUCAGUAUAUUCAAUCCCAAACGUCUUCACUAUUUCCAGCUUUGCUGUUGUUUCUGAAGCCUUAACAGAACUCAAUCUUAUAAGCACAGAAUUAGGACAAAUCGCUUUAUCUUCGUCAAUGGUUAGCGAAAUGCUCCAAUGGGUUACGAUAUCACUCCAAUUCAGUUCAAAAACAAAUUUUGUACUGUCACUUGGAUUCUUGGUUUGCACUUGCUUAUUUGGUUUAUCCUUCUUUUUUAUUGUUAGACCAAUGGCCAAGUUUAUCAUUCAAAGAACCCCGGUCGGGAAACCGGUGAAUGAAAUAUAUAUAGUUAUGAUACUUUUGGGUGUUCUAGUUAUGGCCGGCAUUAGCGAUUUACUUGGUUUACAUUUUGUUAUGGGACCUAUUUUAUUUGGUUUGGUAAUGCCUAAUGGCCCUCCCUUGGCAACAACAAUAAUAGAGAGAAGUGAGUUGAUUAAUCAAGAAUUUCUUAUGCCAUUUUUCUUUUUAUAUGUUGGCGUAACCACAAAUUUUGGUGGAGUUAACAAACAUUGGAAGGUUGCUCUUACAUUUCAAGCUAUCUUAUUUGUUGGAUCCAUGGUAAAAAUUAUUGAUGAUCAUGUAUACAGCCAAAUGGUUCUAUACGUCGUGCUGAUGACCGGGAUAUGCAUACCCUUGAUAAAAUCUCUAUAUAAAAAUCGAUCUCGUGUGUUGAUAGAUAAACGCAUACAUGAAGGUGGAGAAAGAACAAUCCAAAGCACAUCUAAUAAUUCAAAGUUCAGCAUAAUUUCUUGCGUACACAACGAAACAAAUGUUCGUAGCAUGAUUGGUUUAUUAGAAGCUUGUAACCCAUCAAAGGGAAGUCCUUUAUAUGUCCACAUUGUUCAUCUCACGGAGUUAUUCGGAAAAAGCAUACCAAUUCUUCUACCUAUAAAUAUGAAAAACAAAAAAUCAUUAUCCAUAAAUUACCCGAACAGCAGCCACAUUUUACGCGCUUUCGUGAAUUACUCCGAAAAUUCUAAAGGCCCUGUCACAAUUAACUCAUAUAUUAAUGUGUCUCCUUACCAUACCAUGCAUGAAGCCAUUUGUAACCUUGCCGAAGACAAAUUAGUUCAUUUCCUCAUCAUUCCGUUUCAUGAAAAUGAACAAAGUUUAGGGAACAAUGUUGGAUCAACAAUUCGUGAGCUCAAUAGUAAUUUUCAAGCUUGCGCGCAAUGUACCGUUGGAAUAUUGGUUGAUAGAUACUCGCAAAUUAGUACAAGUGCAACGAACUUAUCGUUUAAUGUUGCUAUAUUUUUUGUUGGUGGACAAGAUGACCGGGAAGCAUUGGCGUUGGGUAUUCGAAUGUUUGAUCGGCCUAAUACAAAUGUUACAUUAUUUUGUUUCAUCUUUCAUAACAUUAGUAGUAAUAGUAAUAAUCGUUCGGGCGUUGUUGAAUAUAAAGUUGAUGAUAAAGACUAUGAAAUAUAUGAGAGUAUGUUGGAUGAGAAUUUGAUAGAUGAGUUUAAGGCUAAGAAAAUUAAUAAUGAUAAUGUUGUUUGUCGUGAGAUUGUGGUGGAUGAUUGUAAUCAAAUGUUGGAAGCGAUUCGAGGUUUAGAGAAUGAAGACUAUGAUCUUGUGAUGGUUGGUAAGAGACAUAACAUUGGUGAUUUAACAGAUGAAGAAAUGUCAAAUUUUAUGGAUAAUGCAAUUUUGUUGGGUGUUUUUGGAGAUAUGUUGGCAUCUACUGAGUUUUGUAAUGGAAAAGUUCCUAUUUUGGUGUUGCAGUGUGGAGAUAAAAGAGUUAAUCAAUUUAAUACAUUAUUUUAG